GAAAGUCAUUGUAAGGGUGUGAAAAGAAAGUUGGGAACUGAAGGCAGUCCAGCAGCAGAUAAGAAAGUCAUUGAGGGUGUGAAAAGAAAGUUGGGAACUGUAGGCAGGUCAGCAGCAGCUAAGAAAGCAAAGAAAGAGGAAUCUAGUAGCAGCAGUAGCAGCUCUGAAAGUGAAGAUGAAAAGCCUGAAGCACCGGUAUCAAGAGCUGCUACAGCAAAACAAGCAGGUCAGAAGGGACCUGAGACUGCCAAAAGAUUGCAUGAAUCAAGCUCUAGUGAUUCGUCUUCAUCUGAUAGUGAUACUGCAAAACCUCCACCUAAAAAACAAGCCACAGUUUCCAAGCCAACAGCACAAAAGAAGGCAGAGUCCAGCUCCAAUAGCAGUAGUGAAUCUAGUGAAGAUGAAAAGUCUAAGAAACAAGCCCCAGCUAAAACAGUAGUUCCCAAGCAAAUGCCUAAAAAGAAAGCAGAAAGUUCUGAAAAGUCUUCAGGAAAAAAGAAAGUAACACCACAGGCAAAAACAAACAAUAAUGUACCACCUCCAGCAGAAAAGGCUACACCAGUCAAAUGUGCUGUAAAGAAAGAUUCGAGCAGCAGUAGUAGUGAUGAUAGUACAAAGAAAAAGGCUGUGCAACCUAAAACAGCAGUUUCAAAGCCAGCAGAAGUAAAAGCAGUUGCAAAGAAAGACAGUAGCAGCAGUAGUGACAGCUCAAGUGAAGAUGAAGCCCCUAAGUUAAACCGUCUCCGGCUAUACCUACUCCAGCAAAAGCAGCAGCAAAGAAAGAAAGUAGUAGUAGUGGUUCAAGGUCUAGUGAGGAUGAAGCACCAAAGAAAGUGCAAACAAAACCUGCAAGUCCUAAAAAAACCACAGGCAGUUGUAACAAAGAAAGAUAGCAGUGGCAGUAGUAGUGGCUCCAGUUCUGAAGAGGAAACCCCUAAAACAAAAGUUGCUGCUAAAUCACCAGCGCCUGUUAAAGCAGCAGUGAAAAAGGCUGAUGGUAGUAGCAGUGAUUCCAGUUCAAGUGAAGAUGAAACCCCAGCUGCAAAAAAAGUUGUGUCUCCUGCUAAAGUGGCAGUUAAGUCAACACCUGCUAAAAAUGCAAAGGCAGACUCAAGUUCUAGUAGUUCUGAUUCUUCAAGUGAAGAAGAUGAGGCACCAAAGAAAUCACCUGCUGUCACAAAACCAGUAACUCCUAAAGCACCUCCAAAAGCAGCUGCUAAAGAUUCCAGCUCAAGUAGUUCUGAUUCAAGCUCUGAGGUUGAAGCCACAAAAAAGACAGUACAAUCUGUAACUCCAAAGGCUGUAGGUGGUAAACCAGCUGCUGCUAAAGCAAAAACCAAAGAUUCAAGUUCAAGUAGUUCAGAUUCUAGCUCAGAGGAUAAAGCUCCCAAUAAAGCUGCUGCAGCAAAAUCUGUAACUCCAGCAAAACCAGCAACUCCCAAAGUUGCUGCAAAUACAGAAGCCCCUAAAGCUGCAGUUAAAGAUUCAAGUUCAAGUAGU